GCAUCCUCAGCAACAACAUCAGCAGCAACAACAACCGGCUGUGUGGUUGUGGUGUCGCCAGUUGUGGCCUUAAGCAUGUAGUCGCACUUGGCACGCGGGAGGUCAAAGUAGCACAAGGGAACACCGACGGUUCCUCGACGGAUAAACCCAAACAACACACCCACACACACACACACAUAUUACAAAUACUAAGAAAAUCGUACACACAAAACACAACACCAAUGAAAAAUGUCACAAAGAGGUAAACGCGGUAAUCAGCAGCAGCAGCAGCAGACGCCGCAGCAGCAACAACAGCAACAGCUGCAGUUGCAGCCGCCGCAGCAGCAACAGCGACAAGAUGUUGAACCGCAACCGCCGCCCACAAAGCGACGCAAAGGUCGUCCGCCCAAUGGAGCCGCAACUGCAACAGCAACAACAUCCGCAUCAACAACAACAACAAGUGGAACAGCAGCACCAGCAGUUGUCCCUGCCAAAGGACCUGCGCUGCUGGAGCCACAGGAGCAGCAGCAGCAGCAACAAAGCAGUAGUCAGCAGGCCAAGUCAACAUCGAAGCUGCCGGGCAAGGCCAAGAUGGCCAGCAAAAGUAAAUCGCAGAGCAGCAGCAGCAACAGCAGCAAUAGCAAUAUCAACAACAACAACAAUAACAACAACAGCAGCAGCAGCGCGUGGCAAGCACGAUCCGUCGCGGAUAUUAAAAUGUCGAGCAUCUACAAUCGCAGCUCCACAGAGGCGCCAGCGGAACUCUAUCGCAAGGAUCUCAUUAGCGCAAUGAAAUUGCCAGACUCAGAGCCGUUAGCAAACUAUGAGUAUCUAAUUGUAACCGAUCAGUGGAAGCAGGAAUGGGAGAAGGGCGUACAGGUGCCAGUCAAUCCCGAUUCGCUGCCCGAGCCAUGUGUCUAUGUGCUGUCCGAGCCGAUAGUGUCGCCAGCGCAUGACUUUAAACUUCCAAAAAAUCGUUUCCUGCGCAUCACCAAAGACGAACACUACUCGCCGGAUCUGCAUUGUCUGACGAAUGUUGUUGCCCUGGCGGAGAACACAUGUGCCUAUGACAUUGAUCCCAUCGAUGAGUCCUGGCUGCGUCUCUACAAUGGCGAUCGUGCCCAAUGCGGCGCAUUUCCCAUCAAUGAAACGCAAUUCGAGCGCGUCAUCGAGGAGCUGGAGGUGCGCUGCUGGGAACAGAUUCAGGUCAUACUUAAGCAGGAGGAGGGUCUGGGUAUUGAGUUUGAUGAGAAUGUUAUAUGUGAUGUUUGUCGCUCGCCCGACUCCGAGGAGGCCAACGAAAUGGUAUUCUGUGAUAAUUGCAACAUCUGCGUGCAUCAGGCUUGUUACGGCAUUACAGCGAUUCCAUCAGGCCAAUGGCUUUGUCGCACCUGCUCCAUGGGCAUCAAGCCGGACUGUGUGCUCUGUCCGAAUAAGGGCGGCGCGAUGAAAUCCAACAAAUCAGGCAAACAUUGGGCGCAUGUCUCGUGCGCCUUAUGGAUACCGGAAGUGAGCAUUGGCUGUGUGGAUCGCAUGGAGCCGAUAACAAAAAUCUCAAGCAUUCCGCACAGUCGCUGGGCAUUGAUCUGUGUACUUUGUCGCGAGCGUGUCGGCAGCUGUAUACAGUGUUCGGUGAAGACGUGCAAGACUGCGUACCAUGUCACCUGUGCGUUCCAGCACGGACUCGAGAUGCGUGCCAUCAUCGAGGAGGGCAACUCGGAGGAUGGUGUCAAGCUGCGUUCGUAUUGUCAAAAGCAUAGCAUGAGCAAGGGCAAAAAGGAGGGUGCCUCCUCUUCGCACACAUCUGCCUCCGCCGCUGCUGCAGCAGCCUCCAGCUGCUUGCAGAAGAACAACAACAACAAACUCGCUAGCCAUUCAACGUCAAAGGGCGAUGAGCAUCAUACGGCGGGCGCCAAGGGUGAGGAUCAUCGCAGGCGCAAACAACAUCGCAAGAACGACAUGACCUCCGAGGAGCGCAAUCAGGCGCGAGCGCUCCGAUUGCAGGAGGUGGAGGCGGAAUUUGAUAAGCAUGUGAAUAUUAAUGACAUUAGCUGCCAUCUGUUCGACGUGGACGAGGAUGCAAUCGAAGCCAUUUACAACUAUUGGAAGCUGAAGCGUAAAUCGCGACACAAUCGCGAACUCAUACCGCCCAAAUCGGAGGAUGUGGAGAUGCUGGCACGCAAGCAGGAGCAACAAGAUAUGGAGAAUCACAAGCUGGUUGUGCAUCUGCGACAGGACUUGGAGCGUGUGCGCAAUCUCUGCUAUAUGGUUAGUAGGCGUGAGAAACUUUCGCGUUCGUUGUUCAAGCUGCGCGAGCAGGUAUUCUACAAGCAGCUCGGCGUGCUCGAUGAGUCCGUGCAGCAGGGCAACCAAAGCACAACGGAGCAACAGCAGCAGCUGCAGCAGAAGGAUUUGCAACGACCCGCACUCAAUACAGAAGCGAUCAUUUAUGCGAAUGAUGGACCGACGCUGUACGAUCGCUUCUACAGCUCAGCGGAUCAGUUAACUGUGCCGGCGCAGUACAAGAGCUUGGAGUACAUACUGGAGCAGCUGAUGGGCAAGGUGCAGGCACGUGGACGCGCCUCCCAAUCGCCCAACAAGCGCAAGCAGCAGCAACAGCAGACGGUUGCUGCAACGGCGAAGGGUUCGCCCAAAAAGAAACUCAACAAUGGUGCAAUAACAACAACAUCGGCCGCAAAUAAGGCCGCCAAGCCACGUGGCUCGCCAAGGGCGCCAUUAACGGCGUCCACGGCGAUGCCGUGUGCGGGGAGGCGUGCCUCAAAGAGUGACAAGGCAGCAACGACAACAACAACGACAACGUCGUCGUCGUCGAGCCACCAUAAUAAAUCGCAUCCACUUAAAUCAGCAGCUGUUGCGGCUGCGUCCGCCCCAACGUCUAGCGGCAGUUCAUCAUCGGCUGAUUCCAGCUCGGCGCGCAGUAGUCGGAGCAGCAGCCGAAGUCGCAGCCGGAGUCGCAGUCGGAGUCGGAGUCGAAGUGAUGGUGCCAGCAGCAGCAGUUCCUCGUCUUCGAACAGCAACAGUGAUUCCGCCACCGAUAGCCAUAGUGGAAGAGCGAGAACGGGUACGGGAGCGGGAGCAGCUAGUAAACCGAGUCGAAAGCAAUCGUAUGCGAGGAGCGUUGAGCAGCGACAGAAGCAGCGGCAGCGACGUCAAAGUGAGGCAGCUGCGCGUGCUUCUGCGGCGUCUGCCGAUGCCCGAUCAGCGGCGACAAGCAGCAGCAGUUCCUCCAGCGAUGAAGAUGAGCGUCAUCCGACCGUCGAACGGAAGCGUGUCAACAGUAGCAGCAAGCAGUCAGCAGUACCUGCCAAAGUCCAAGCAACUAAGUCAAAGCAUAGCACAACAGCUACAGCAGCAACCACAACAACAACGGCAAGAAGAAAGCUUGCGAGUAAUGGAGCAACUGCAUCCACAGCAGCGUCCACAGCGACACGUGGCCUUGCUCAGAUGGACAAGGAGAUGCGUCAACGGGACGCCGGCAGUCUGUCCAGCGAUGAAAGCGAGGAGCUGCUGCCGGUGAAGCUCGCCGAUUCGCGAAAUUCGCGCACUCAACCAGGCAGCGCCAACAACAAUGCGCGAACAACAACAGCUAUGACAUCCGCAACAGCAACAGCAGCAGCAGCGAAUAGUGCGACAACAGCAGCAACAAGUCGCAAAUUGGCGCAGCACAUUUACUCCGAUUCCGAUAGCUCCACGUCGACGGUGUCGCAGCGGGAGGAGGCCGACGAGGACGACGACGAGGUGGAGGAGGAGAUGGAACUGGCGGCUGUGGAGAGCAAUGUGAGCGAUUCACAAAAUCAACAAACGAUACGCACUAAGGCGGCUAUGAAGGAGUUUGUGCCAGGUACAACAGCAGCGGCAGCAGCAGCAACAGCAACACCAGUUGCAACAGCAGCAUCAGCAAAAACAGCAGCAACAACAGCAGCAACAGCUGCAACAAGCAAAGCCAAAGCCAACACUAAGAAGAGCAAUGCAACAGCCGCCUUUUCAGCUGUGGAUCUGCUGGUGGUGCCACAACGUCAAGCGGCUAAAAAGGCCUCCGAGAAUAUGCGCAUCUCUACGAAUCUCGCCACAGCGCUGCCCGAUGCCAGCGAACGUCUACGCGAACCGGAACCAAGCGCAGCCAGUGCCAAUGCCAACAGCAGCAGCAACAGCAACAGUGGCGCCAAGAGUAAGGCAAAGGAAACUGCCUCGCGGCUGGCGGCAGAGGAUAAAGCAACGCGGCCGAAGGAGCUGCAAAAGGCAGCGGGCAAAUCAGCGGGUGCGGAAACAACAGCAGAGCGAGGGAAACGCGGCAGACCACCGAAGGUGCAAAAGGACAAGGAGAAAGAGAAGGAGAAGGAGAAAGAAAAGGAGAAGGAAAAGGAAAAAGAGAAACCCGCAACAACAACAUCGACAUCCACGCCUGCUGCAGCGCGGAAUAAUGAGGUGGCCAAGCUGCAAAACUUUGCCGUUUCGUAUGUGCCACAGCGACAAGCGGCCAAAAAGGCUGCCGAGCAGCUGAAGAGCAGCGGUGCCGCCUUGGGCAAAUCCAACCUCGACACACAGAGCGAUGAGGCAGUAACAAGUGGAGCAGCAACAGCAACUACAACAGCAACCGCAGCAACAUCCGUAACAACAACACCACCUAAAGCAACAGCUCCUGCAGCCAAGCAGCAAACCACAACACCUGCGCGACGCGCCUCGCUCAAAGAGACACAAAAGCGUCGACCCAAGGAGCUGAUUACGCCCGUCAAGCAGAGCAUCGCAGCGCCCAAUCUGUCCAGUUCGAGUUCCGGUGAUAGCGACAGCAGCAGCAGCAAUUCGAGCAGCAACAGCGAUAGUUCCAGCAGCGGCAGCGCCAGCGAUUCGGACUCCGAUAGCGAUGCAGUGCCCGAGAAGCGCAAACCAGCAGCCACAGCAGCAGUUGGAGCAACUGCAGCAGCAGCAGCAACAACAACCUCAGCGGCCAGUUCCUCAUCGACGGUGCCAAAGCGUUCGCCGCGCAAAUCGCUGGAUAAACCGCAUACAGCGACUCCGCUGGCCAGCAGAACACGUCAGAAUUCUACCAAUAAAUCGCCAAAGAGAACGCCCGUCAAAGCCGUGCCGGAAGUGAGUCCAAAGAUUACGCCAGCUUCCUCAGCCGUUGUCUCAGCCAAAUUAAGUGCAGCCCAGCGACGCAAAUCCUCGCUAGACGAUGUGUCCAACAAGCAACAAGCAGCGCCCGAGCAGCUGAGCAAGCGGGCAACACGCAAUUCCAAAUCGCGACCACCCUCACCCAUUGCAGUGCCCCUAGCGCCCAAAUCCUCGUCAGAAAAGUCAACAACAACAGCUGCCGCUGUCAACAGGCGCAAAUCACGCGCCGAUGAAUCACCGAAGAAGACGCCACCGAAUCUGGAGCACGAGAUAGCGCAACGCAAGGCGGCAACGGGACGAACGACGAGUGCACUAGACAAGCUGCUGGAUAAGAAGCAGCAGCAGCUGAACAACGCAGCGCCAGCAGUAGCAACUUCAACAGCAACUCCCACGCCGUCUAAGUUGGCGCCGGAGCCAAGCCAAGCGGUUCCAGCAGCCCCAGCCACAGUUCAAGCCGAAGCAGAACCCAUUGUUGAGCCAGCGUCAGCGCCUGCGCCUGCCGCAACACUGAUUACACCGGCGCCCGCCAACGAGGCCGGUGAGCAGCCCAUGGAUAUUGAUGAGGAGUUGACCACCGCACCCACGCACACCCAGCUCUCGGCGAAUGCCAGCAAGCUGGCAGAGCUGAGCGCCGACAUUGAUGAGCGACCGCCAGCUGCACCGUUGCCCGCCUCACCAACGCCGACGCCCUCGAACGAUGAGUUGUCCGACGACGAUGAUGACGAUGACGACGACGAUGACGAGGCGGCGGGCAGUGAGCACAGCGAACGCAGACGCAGCAAUCGCUGGCGUUCCCGACGGCGACGGCGACGAACGCGCGACGAGGAUGAGGAGGAGGAGCACACACAUCACACCCAGCAUCUGCUCAAUGAGAUGGAAAUGGUGCGUGAACUGGAGGAGGAGCGCAAGAAUGAGCUGGCGAAUGCCAGCAAAUAUUCUGCAUCCACAUCAUCCCCAGCGGUAACAGUGAUACCACCCGAACCUCCCGAGAUUAUUGAGCUCGACUCGAAUUCCAAUUCGGCGGAGCAGCAGCAGCAGCAGACGCCGCAGGAGCUACAAUUGCCGGAGCCCCCCGUUGUGGUUCCACUUGCAGUACCCGUUCCAGUUGCAAUUCCAGUUGCAAUUCCAGUUGCAGCUGCUGCUCCUGCACCGCCGCCACCACCACCGCCAUCUGCCUGUGCCGCCCUGGAGCUGGAUGCAGCGCAUCAGCCCAUUGUGGAUGCCAUUCUCGAAAUGGAGGACAGCAAAUAUGCAAAUAAUUAUGCCUCCAACAUGGCCAGCGUUGCUCAGGUGCUCAAUCCACCGAAUUCGGGACCCAUGACCAGUCUGCUGCAUGCUGCAGGCAACAGCAACAGUUGCAUCGAGGAGGACAGCACACUGGCCACACGCAAUCUUGUCGAGAAACUGAGAAAGACAAAACGCAAAGCGGUGGCCGAUGAGUGCAAGGAGCCAAUGGAUCUGUUGCCACCCACACCCGCCAUCCCAUCCGUGUUUCCCUUUCACAAUGCAGCCGAUCCCGAGGAUAUUAUACUCGCCCAAAAGGAGCUGCAACAACAGCAGCAGCAGCAGCAACAACAGCAGCAGCAACACCAAGCUCAGCAGCAGGUGCAAAGUUGUUUGUUUAGCAGCUCGGCACCCAAUUCGGUGGCCAGUCAGAUGACCAUCAAGGAUUCACCGCUGACCGCGAACAGUGGCGGCAGCUAUGCGAAUAGUUUGACAAAUACACCCAAUGCCACGCCCACCACAAAUGCGACCAGCAACAACAAUCUGGCCUACGCAAAUGUCAACUAUCAGGCCACCCAGGCAGCGCUCAGCUGUUACCUCAACAAAUCCUCGCCACAAACACCGCAACAACAACAACAGCAGCAGCAGCAACUCCUCAAAGCAAGCAAUGGACAACAAGUGGCGACGGCGGCAACAACGCCAACGCCGACGCCCGACUUUGUCGAUCUGGCAGCGGCUGCCGUCAAGAACAGCCUCAGCAGCUAUGUGGGCUCAACGCCAGGCGGUGCACUGCCAGCGCAGACGCCCUCAUCGCAGCUGCCCAGCGGUGGCAACAACAGCAAAUUGAGUGACUACGAUGAAAACACACGAAUGCAGUCGCCAUUUGGACGCAUGCAGCGCUGGAAUGAGAAUGAUUUGAUUGCCGCCCGACGCAGCAGUUCGCCCAGCUCCGUCUCCGAGUCGAAUGAUCAGCCGCCGACAGCAGCAGCGGCGACAACAACGCUGCCAGCAGCAGCCAACUCGAGCAGCAGCAACAACAACAAUAACAACAACAGCGCCAGCAGCAACAACAACAACAAUAAUAGUGGAAAUGCAAGUGUCGCCUCCUUUGGCAGUCAUACGCCGCUGGUUAACGGCAUUGAUCCCAUGUCCAUGUACAACAGCAAUGCACAGCAUCAGCAACAGCAGCAGCAGCAGACGACGCCAACACAUCAGCAAAGGACGCCGAAUGCCCAAUUCAAUGGCAGCAUUUAUCCACAAUUUACAGCACUGUUGCAACAACAGCAGCAACAACAGCAGCAGCAGCAGCAGCCUGUUGUUGAAUCCUCCAGUCAAGUGUUGUACGGUUCGCAGCCGGCCACUCCGUAUGUGAGCACGCCGUAUGCCACGCCCAAUCUGACGUUGACCACAACGCCCAAUCAUCAAUAUCAGUUGACCUCACCGGUGGAUGGCAGCUAUCCGGGCGGAAUGCUCGGCAGUUGUGCCGAGCAACAGUUGACGCCGAUGGUGCAACCAGUGCCGUUGGAGUCGUUAACGGUACCGCUGCCCUUACCAGUAACGGUGCCCGUACCCACGCCUCUACCACUGCCCACCAGUAAGGACAACAUCUCGCCCAGCAAACGCAGAAUCAAUUCCAAGCAGCACAAGCAGCAGCAACAACAACAGCAGCAACAGCAGCAGCAACAACAGCAGCAGCAGCAGCAGCAACACAAAUCUCCACAGCUGCCGCAGGGCAAGUCACCCGGCAAAUCACCUGCUUUGCAUCCACCAGCUACACCUGUCGUCACGCCCACCGCUGUUGCUGCCACAGCUGCAGCAACAACACCUGCCACACCCGCCAAAUACGAUCCGUUGACGCACACGUUGACGGGCAAGUUGCGUCAGCGUGCGCCACGUGGCAGUGGCGCCGCAGCUGGCACUCGUGGACGUGGUCGGGGCCGGGGUCGUGGUCGGGGCGGAAGUUCGGCAAGCGCAAUGCUGCCACUGCCGCCACCAAUGUCCGAUUAUGGCAGCAAUACGCACAUCGUUAACAAUCUGGUUGGCACCCCCUUCGAGUUCAACAACUACGACGAUGAGCUGGCCGGACCAGGUGUGGAGAAUCUGCAAUCGUUGCGUCGACGCAGCUUCGAGCUGCGUACGGCACCCAAUGCAGCGGCGGCGGCAGCAGCAGCAGGAGCAACGGGCGGUGGUGCAACCACCACCAGCUACUCAAGUUGCAAGCUGCGCGGACAGAACAAAGCACAGCCGCCGCUGUUGCAACCAGUGCUGCCGGGUCCCGUGGAUAUGCGCACCUAUAACCUGGGCUUUGAGGCACCGCACAGCACCGCCUCCCAGGAGGCAUACCAAAACAAUCUGCUGGGUGCCUUCGACUCGGGUACGGCGGAUCAGACGCUCAGCGAAUUCGAUGAGGAGGAUGAGCGACAAUUUCAAUCCGCAUUGCGUGCCACGGGCACCACCACAACCACCAGCAACAACAACAGCACAACCAACACCAGCACCAGCAGCAGCAACAAUAACAACAACAAUCAUCACAGCAGCAAUAAUAGCUCACCCACCAAACUGGUUGGUGCAACUGGAGUGGUUGGCCUGGCAACGGGCAUGCCUGCGGUGCCGGGCAGCAGUCUGCUGAACAGUGGUGCGCUCCACUCCAGCGAGGCGAAUCAAGCGGCGCCAAUUAGUACACUGAUUGUGCCCGAAUUGGUGCCCAACAUGGAGGUCUCACUGGAGGCGACUUCCGAGGAGGUGUCCAUAGAUUCGGAUACCACGACGCUGACCACCAAGGCUUCGCUGUCGGAUGCACGCAAUCAGCUCAAGCUGAAGAUAAAGGGACCACUCGCCUAUCCAGAUCUCCACUAUGGCAGCGCCACGAACAGCAGCUGCCUCUCGAGUGGCUCGCUGGUGCAGACGCAGGUGGUGCAGACUACAAUCACGACACAACUCAAUGCGACUGUGGCAAGUAGCACCGCUUCCGUUAGCGGCAAUUCACGGCGUAUGCGCAAGAAGGAGCUGCUCAGUUUGUAUGUGGUGCAGAAGGAUACGCUGAAUGAUGAUAGCUCGUGUGGCUUGCCAGCUGCCUCGGGCUCUUUGCCACUAGAGAAUAUGCGCAAGUCGGAUGCCAGCGAGCUGGAUGAGGAUCAGAUAACGGCUGCAACUGCCGCCAAUUCGAAACGUUUCAAGAAGAACUCGAUCAGCAGGGAGCUGCGUGCGCUGGACGCCGUCAAUGCCGUACUGGACGAGCACUCGUUGCCGCUCACUGCCGGUGGAGUAGGAGUUCCCGGUGGUGUUGCUGGUGGUGCUGCGGGCAAUGAUGGCAGGCGGCGCAGCGCUUGCAGCACGGGCAGUGUGGAUAAUGGUAAGACCGGUGCGGCAAGCAGUGCGGGCAAGCGACGUGGACGUAGCAAGACGCUCGAGGGCAGCGAAGAUGAUCACCCCAAGCUGAUGAUUAAGCUGCGAGGUUUGCCAGCGGCUAGUGAAACGAAUGCGAACCUGGCAGCCGGACUCAAUCUGGGUGCGGAGGGUGGCAGCAGCAGCUACAGCUACGAGAUGACGCGACGCGCCUGUCCGCCCAAGAAGCGAUUGACCAGCAAGUACAGCACGCCGACGCUGGAGGAGAUCAGGCGCGACUCGAUGAACUUUCGCAAGACGGUGAUGCGUGCCUUUGACAAGGGCGACGACAGCAGUAACAAUAAACGCGAAGUCUCCGGCGACAAUGAGACGCUGCUCGUCAAGCCGAAGAAGUCGAAGCGCGACAAGAAGGAGAAGAAGCGUCACAAGCAGCAGCAACAGUUGCUGCUGAACAGUCUGCACAGCACCACAAUGACAACCACACUGAUUGAGAACACCAUCAGCAACUCGCCCGGCGAGAAGCCAAAGCUCAUCUUGCGGAUUAACAAGCGCAAAACGGAGACGACAACGACGACGACGGCGACGCCACAACAGGAGCCACAAGUGGAGGCGCCACUGCGCAUGAAAAUUGCACGCAUCUCUGCUGGUGGCGGCUACGUGAUUGGCACCAAAACGGAUGCCAAGGAACAAACGACAACAACAACAACAGCGACACCAACGACAACAGUUGUCUCCUCGCCUGCAGCAGCAGCAGUUGCUGAGUUGCCACUGCCACUGGUGCCAGAUGUUGCCUCACCUUGUGGACUGUUGCCGAACAGUUUCACGCCACAUUCGCAGAAUGCGAAUGCAUCGCCAGCGUUGCUGGGCAAGGAUGCGAGUACUCCGUCGCCGCCCUGCCUGGUCAUUGAUUCCAGCAAGAGUGCCGAUGUGCAUGAUUCAACCUCGUUGCCCGAGAGUGGUGUGAGUGGUGCAAGUGGUUCAGCAAUGACAGCAAUGACAGGUGGUGUUGGUGGUGGUGUUGGUGUAGCCAAUUCUGUUGUGGUUGCCGGACCAACAUCGCCGCUGUGCGUCAAUGUGGGCAACUAUGACAAUAGCAACAAUUCGCUGCCCUCCGCCAGUGGUUCGGGUUCGAGCAAUUCGUGCAACAGUAACUCGAACAACAACAACAAUAACAGCAAUAACAACAACAACAACAACAACAAUAAUAAUAAUAAUAACAACAACAACAGCAGCCGUGGUGGAGCCGGCGGUUUACUUCCAUUGAAAAAAGACUGUGAGGUUAGAUGAUAAUCAGCGAACGAGCGACCAAGUGUUAAAUCGAUCAAUCCAAAGAUCGUUUACUUCCAGCAGCAACAAGUGUCCUAAAACCAAAACCAAAACCCAAACACCCAUCCCAAACCCCCUUCCCAAAUCACCCCUAUUAUCCACGUGCCCCCUUUUAAAAGUUGUACAGCACUCGAAGCAGCAGCACCCAAAACUAUAUAAAAAUUGUACAGUUAGUUCGUAAGUUGACAGAAAGCCCAACUCUCUCUUUAUCUCGUCCCCAGCUUUGUUCUACACAACAAACAAACAAGAUAUUAUAUACCCUAUAUAUAAAUAGCAUAUUUACAGCGAUGCCUCACAUUGCGGGAGGAUUAACGAACUACAAAAGCAAAAGCAAGAAAAUCACUAAUGCAUAACUGUACAUUUUAAUUAAAGCGAAUUUUAUAUAUAUGUAUAUAUAUAUAA